UUAACAGGUGGUUUCUACUCAGACGAGGUAGGCUAUGUUGCUGAGAACUGCAAGAAAUGUCCUAACGGUUCUUUUGUUGCAUUUGAUAAAGCUCCCGGAACUCAAAGUCAGGAUUGUAAGGCAUGCCCACAAGGUACGUUACGCAAUAAAAAUCAAACAUGGAAGAUACUUUUUGUUAUUCCUCAUUAAAAGUUUGCGUGUACUAUCUUUCACAGCCGUUUGACAAUUACAUACUGAAUACCAUUAUUCUGCAGUUGUAGGUCGUUAGCACUCUAGCCUUCGAAUGAAUUUAAGGCUGAGGUUGACCUUGUUUUGAGACAAACCGCCUUUGUUUUCCCAUGGAAAUUAUGCUUGAAAAUACUAGUUACCAAACGAUCGAUAUAAGUGAUUUACAAACGAAAGCAGGUAAUGGUUUUAUCAAAAACAGCGUCAACUCUGGCUUUGUUUCCAUCUAUAGCUUUAAAUUGGGUUGUAAUAUAUGUACCAAAAUACCGAAAAAGGAGGAUUUGGUCUCCGUAAAAGCUCUUAUUUCUUUUUUGUUCUCUUAACUCAAAAAAUGAUUUUUGUGUAUGACGAAAUUUUAGCGUUUUAAAAUUGAGGAACGACAUUGCUCAAACAACGCUUACCAACAUUACCUAACUCAACUAAUAUCUAUAGCCAAAACGUAAAUUAACAUUUCAUUUCCAACCACAGGAACAGAGACUGAUUUCUUUGCUGGGUACCGUGCUUGUAAAUGUUUGGAGGGUUUUUUCAGAACAGAUAUGUUCGGUGUAUGUCGCAAAUGCGGACUUCAAGGUGGUCUGACAUGCCAAGAUGACUAUGCUUCUUUGAAAUCUGGUUAUUGGUGGGAAUGGAGGAACAAAACACAUAUUUAUCGCUACAAGGAUUUCAUAAGAAACCUGUUGGCAUCAGUACCAGCACUGGGCCCUGAUGAUGUUCAAUAUCCAUACGCGAUCCCAACACCUUAUAUGUGUCCCAGGAAGGAGUCUUGCAAGGGAGGUUUAGAGUCACAAUGUGAGAAAGGCUACGAAGGACCUUUAUGUGCAGUUUGUAGCUCUGGAUAUUUUAAACAGCUGCAAACAUGCAAACAGUGUCCAACAAAGAAGUGGAUGAUAGGGCAGCUAACGAUCGUUGGAUGCGUUUUGAUGGUAAUCGUUGCAUUCUUGGCCUGGUCAAGUAAAAGGAAAGCUAAAACUACUCAAGGUCGCACAUUCUUAGAUACAUUCUUUUCCAAACUGAAGAUUGUAAUUGGCUUUUAUCAAGUCACAUACGGUAUACUGGAAGCGUUUUCUUUCAUAAAAUGGCCAGAUUCACUGGAGGUCAUCGGUAGAUAUUCAGAAAUACUUCAGAUGAACGUUUUCCAGGUUGCACCAGUUCAGUGUCUUAUCUCGGGUUUACAAGUGGACGCCUUUGCAAACCUAUUUGCAAUGAUGGCUAUAAAUGCUGCUGUAAUUUCUCUCUCUAUCGUGUUUUAUGGAGUGCGAAAGAUAACAAUCUUACAGAAUCGACGACUGAAUUCGGAAGGAAAGUUGAGUGAAAUUUCUCAGGCUAAAGAAAUCGUUUACAGGAACUUGUUUUUCGUGCUGUAUGUGACGUACCUCAGUACUUGUUUUAAAACAGCUACAGUUCUGCCGCUUGCUUGCCGAGAAAUUUGUCGAGAUACCGGAGAAAAGUUCUGUUCUGUGUACCUUAAAGCGGAUUACAAUAUCCGGUGCACGGGUCCAAAGUAUAAAAGAAUGGCCAUCGCUGCGUAUAUUUCUACAGCCUACCUCUUUGCUCUGCCCACCGCCUCGUUCAUCGCCCUUUGGAAGAGAAGAGGAAUAAUAGCAGCUAAAGAAAGUGCCAAUACACCAAAGGAUUCUGCCUCCAAGUCGGAAAUGAUCACUGGUUUACGAUUUCUCUUUGAAAAUUACAAAGCUCGUUCGUGGUAUUGGGAACUGGUUGAAAUGUGCCGAAAAGUUAUUUUAACAUCUGGUCUGAUACUUGUUGGACAAGAAAGCAGGUCUUAUAUCGGCUUAGCAUGGGUAAUCGCUGGGAUGUAUGGAGUAGUAUUUUCUUCCGUCAGUCCCAUUCAAGACGUUGUUGAAAACAGACUGAUGGUUACAUCCAUUGCAGUUACAGUUGUUAACUUAGGCAUUGGAGCUGUGAGCAGGAUUCCUGCAGAAAACGUUCCAGGAUCAGACGACUCUUACAGUGAUGCAAUGUUAUUUAAGAUUUUGGUGAUUGGAGCAAAUACAUUGGUGAUCGGUCUUCUUGCUGGUAAGACAAAAGAGGAGUAUUAAGUUAGUUUGAUAAAGUUAAGUUCCCGUAGCACAUCUUUUAAGUACAGGCAGCCAAUAGGAGAGUAACAAGUUUUGGCAGCAAGUCUGAUAAGGCUUUUCCUUCUGUCGGGAUAAAUUUUUCUUUCUGCUAUAACAGAGAUUUUUAGUAAUUAAUGAGCUGUAACUUCCCAAAUCUGAGCCAGAUAUAUAGUUGUCAGUAGAAGUUGUUUUACGUUUAGGUUAAUGGUUUAAGCCAUAUUGUCUAUCGUGUGGUGUAACAGAUUUCAGGGAUCGAAUUCAGCUUAGUAUUUCACAGAUUUUGCAAGGAUCCUUUAAAAUGCUCUAGCUAAAAUAUCAUGCCCUUCGUUGCCAAAAUAUAGAUACUUUAAAUAACCUGAGAAAGAACGGAGCACUCCUUCAAAUGAUAAGUCAAAACAGGGUAUAACGUGUUGUAAUAAAUGAACUUUGACCUUUCAUGUGUCACGCGCGUGUGUUGUUCAGUAUUUAGUCAUGCUCACUAUAGGAAUAGANGGGGGGAACACGGGCGUCUCAUGAACACACGCUGUUGUCUCUUUAAUAACUCGACAUAAUGUUUAUACCGUUAAAAAAAAAGACACCUUAUUAUGUUAAUACUUUUGUUGGGCCAAGCGAAACACUUUAAAAGAUGAGUCGGUUUUGGCGCAUAGAAAGUACUAUUUUGGUACGCAUGUACAGAGAAAUCAUAUUUAUGUUAUACAAAUUUUAGCUCUGCCUUUCCAAAUUAAAUAUUUUAGCCUUUAUCAGAUAACUAUUUUCUAUGGAUUAAUUUUCAGUUCAGUAUGCAGUGCAUUUUUAUCAGUACGUUAAGGAGUGGCUGAAAAACCCACAAUGUUCCGUUUCUUGCUGCAUGGCACUAUUGCUUCCUCUGAAUGAUAUGCAAGGGGACAUCACUGACCAGGUAGCUGAGUCGAAUGACCUGGGUAAGCAGAUGGACGUAGGACAAGUUGACAUGUCUGCUGUUACCUCUUCUAUAAGAUCCCAAGGUGCUGGGGAAAUCAGCAGAGCAGCCAAACUCGAUGGCAUCGGUACCAAGCCUGAGUGCAGCAGCAACAGAUGUCAUCGAGAAACACAGACAAAGCUUUCCGUUGUUUUGGUGGCUGGUACUUUCUGGCAAGUCGAAGAGAAAUGGAGCGCGGUAAAAGAGAGAACGUAG